AUGGCGGACGGGACAGGCAACAGGGCGAGAGAAGGCGGAGAGUACGGGAGAAGGCAGAUGGGAUGUCGGACGGGACAGGCAACAGGGCGAGAGAAGGCGGAGAGCUAUCGGACGGGACAGGCAACGGGGCGAUCGAAGGCGGAGAGGCACCACCACGAAGGCGGAGAGGACGAAAGGACGGCGAGGGGAGCAACGCCGUGUCGUACGGGAGGAUGCGACGGUGUUCCCGAGGGAGGACAGCGUUGGCGUCGCGGCUACGAAAAGAAGGAGGAGAGGACGGAGGGUGAGCGGAGGACGGGGAUUAAACCUUCAUCGUCACCACCUUCCGUUUCCAAGCCUUCUCUUCCCGUUCCCCGUCCCAUUCUUCCUUCCCCUGCAUGGAUCUCCCCUUUCUCCAUACCUCCCAAACCCUCCACCUUCACCUUUCCCCCGGUUCCUUGCUUCCAGGGCUUCCUUUUUCCGCGGAUCCGCUCCGCGGCUUCCCAAAGCCCCCCUCGCCGCUACUUCUUUUUUUCCCACCGCCGCCGCGGCUUUUGCGCUGCAAAUCAACCCAGCGCCCAGGACCCGCAGCGCGCCCUCGACGUCUUCAACUCCGUCGCCCUGCAGCGCGGCUUCGCGCACAACGACGCCACCUACUCCGCGCUCCUCCUCCGCCUGGCCCGCGCCCGCAAGCUCCGCGCCGUCGACGCCCUCCUCCGCCGCAUGCGCCGCGAGCCCUGCCGCUUCCACGAGGCCCCCCUCCUCUCCCUCGCCUCCCUCCUCCUCUCCCGCCGCCUCGCCCCUCCCGAGGCCGCCCUCCGCAUCUUCCGCUCCAUCCCCGCCAUCGUCCGCCGCCGCCCCUCCCCCCGCGCCGUCGCCGCCACCCUCAACCUCCUCGUCGACGCCGGCCGCUUCGACCUCGCUCGGGACCUGCUCUCCCGCGUCGAACACCCCAACUCCUGCGUCCGCAACAUCGUCGUCAAGCUCCACUGCAAGGCCGGCGACCUCGGCGCCGCCCUCCGAGUGCUCGACGAGAUGCGGGCUUCGAAAACGGCGCCGCCGAAUCUGAUCACCUACUCGACGCUCAUGAAGGGGCUCUGCAAGCAGGGGAGUCUCAAGGACGCCUUCCACCUGUUCGAAGAAAUGAUCGACAAGGACCGGAUCGCGCCCGACCCGCUGACCUACAACGUGCUCAUCGACGGCUUCUGCCGACAAGGCCGGCUCGACAAGGCCAGCGCCGUCCUGUCCUUCAUGCGGAACAACAAUUGCGAGCCCAACGUGUUCAAUUACUCGACGCUGAUGAACGGAUACUGCAAAGAGGGGAAGGUGGAAGAAGCGAAGAAGGUGUUCGACGAAAUGCGGAGCUCAGGAUUGGCGCCGGACGCGGUGAGCUACACCACGUUAAUAGGCUGUCUCUGUAGGCUGGGAAGAGUCGACGAAGGCAUCGAAUUGGCGAGAGAGAUGAGGGAGAAAGGGUGUAAAGCCGACGUCGUGGCCUACAACGUCGUGAUCGAGGGAUUGACGAAGGGAGGGAGGGUCGGGGAAGCCAUGGGUCUGCUGGAGAGUUUACCGCACGAAGGUGUUCGACUGAAUGCCUCUAGCUAUCGGAUCGUGAUGAACCGCUUGUGCGCGCGGGGGGAAAUGGAGAGGGCCGUGGGUCUGCUGGGGCUGAUGCUCGGGAGAGGAUUUGCGCCGCACUUUGCGGCCUCGAAUGAGCUGCUGCUGGGGCUCUGCGACAUCGGCAGGGUGGCUGAUGCUACUGUUGCAUUCUACGGAUUGGCCGAGAUGGGAUUUGUUCCGGAGAUUGGAACGUGGGCGAGAUUGGUUGAGACUGUUUGUAAGGAGAGGAAACUUUGGAAAUUGUUUGAAUUGGUUGAUGAGUUGAUUGUUGCAGAAUGAGUAAUAAUAUACUUGUUAUCUUGUGUAAUUGUAGGUCACUUAACUUAAAAUUUACUUAAAUCUAUAUAUACAUUGGAGGCCCGAGCCCCAACUUUAAAGAGUAA